CUGAGGCUGCUGUAAUUGAGGUCCGUCUGAGUGCAGUGGGAGUUCUGUCUUCUUGUUCAGGCUUUUCCCCUUCCUGCUUGUCCAGACCAUAACAAAAAGUCUCUUGGGUGACAGCUCCAGUUCUUUUCUGCAUGCCUGUUUGAUUUCACACAGCUGCUGCUUACACACCUGCAACCUGAGAUCCUUUAAUUGGAGAUCACCAGACAUCUAGGACCACUGGCGUCCAAAGCAUAUGCUCUACCUUCUGCUAUCCUAAAGCGAACAGCUUGACUUCUGCCUGCACCUGGGACAUGUGAAUGCCUUGCUCUCCAGAGAGUCUUCCAAGUGGGCAGCUGUCUUGGUUUUCUUCUGCAAACGGGAACUGGAGACAUUCAGAGAAACAUUUGGUGCAGGCAACAUGAGAGACUUGGAGCUGGUCGUUCCGUCUCAGAAAUGACUAUACUGCUGCAGGCAGCUGAGUUUUCUUCAAAUGCAAGGGGAAGAUAAGGCUUUGAAAAGAGACUUUUCACACACUUGACAGCGCAGAGAGACUUUAUCAUCCUGGUUUUCCUGAAGCUUUUCCUGAGCACUUCUUUCCUUGCCCUUUGUGCAGUUUGCUUAAUCUCCUAUUCUUUGAGCAACGAUUGUGUAGCUAGUCUGCCCUCACUGUUUCUGUUUGUGCAGUGGCCUAUUUCCAGUCUGCAUCAUGGGGGUUCUUGGCCACCCCGUGCCCUCUUCAGGAAAGUUGUGAACCUGGAAAUGGAGCCUAUAAUAGGCCUGGGACCUGUAUGCACACAGCUGCUGAUUAAUGGGAGAACUGGCUGACUGCCCCAGGCAGCCUCUUUCUGCCUGCCUCAGGGUCUUGCAAGGCACUUCCUUUGCCCGUCCCCCUGCCCCAAUCAUGUUUCUACUCUUGCCCUUUGAUAGCCUGGUGGUUAAUCUGCUGGGCAUUUCCCUGACCGUCCUCUUCACUCUGCUGUUGGUUUUCAUUAUUGUGCCAGCCAUCUUUGGGGUUUCUUUUGGCAUCCGUAGGCUUUACAUGAAAACCCUGUUGCAGAUAUUCCAGUGGGCAACACUGAGGAUUGAGCGAGGCGCCAAAGAGAAGAACCAUCCGCUUUACAAACCCAAUGCCAAUGGUAUCAUUGCGAAGGAGCCCACUUCCCUGGAGGAGGAGAUCAAGGAAAUCCGGCGGAGUGGUAGCAACAAGGCCCUGGAUACCCCCGAGUUUGAGCUUUCCGACAUCUUCUACUUCUGCCGUAAGGGCAUCGAGACUAUCAUGGACGACGAGGUGACUAAGCGCUUCUCAGCUGAAGAGCUGGCAUCCUGGAAUCUGCUGAGCAGGACCAACUACAACUUCCAUUACAUCAGCCUCCGGCUCACAGUACUCUGGGGGCUGGGAGUCCUCAUUCGCUACUGCUUUUUGCUGCCACUCAGGGUAGCUCUGGCUUUUACUGGCAUUAGCCUCUUGGUAACCGGCACUACAGUAGUGGGCUAUUUGCCCAAUGGAAGGUGUAAAGAUUUCCUGAGCAGGCAUGUCCACCUGAUGUGCUAUCGGAUCUGUGUGCGAGCCCUCACGGCUAUCAUCACCUAUCACCACCGGGAAAACCGACCCCGCAAUGGAGGGAUCUGUGUGGCUAACCACACAUCUCCUAUUGAUGUCAUAAUUUUGGCUAGUGAUGGCUACUAUGCCAUGGUGGGCCAGGUUCAUGGAGGUCUCAUGGGGGUGAUCCAGAGGGCUAUGGUGAAGUCAUGUCCCCAUGUGUGGUUUGAACGCUCUGAGGUUAAGGAUCGUCAUCUAGUAGCCAGAAGACUAUCGGAGCAUGCUCAUGAUAAAAGUAAAUUACCCAUCCUGAUUUUCCCAGAGGGCACUUGCAUCAACAACACAUCUGUAAUGAUGUUCAAGAAAGGGAGCUUUGAGAUUGGUGCCACUGUUUAUCCUGUUGCCAUCAAGUAUGACCCCCAAUUUGGAGAUGCCUUUUUUAAUAGCAGCAAGCACGGCAUGGUGACCUAUUUGCUCAGGAUGAUGACCAGCUGGGCAAUCGUCUGCAGUGUCUGGUAUUUGCCUCCGAUGACCCGGCAGGCUGAUGAGGACGCUGUGCAGUUCGCCAACCGGGUGAAGUCUGCCAUUGCUAGGCAAGGGGGCCUUGUGGAUCUCUUGUGGGAUGGAGGUCUAAAGAGGGAGAAGGUGAAGGACACGUUCAAGGAGGAGCAGCAGAAGCUCUACAGCAAGACGAUCGUGGGCAACCACGAGGACCGAAGCCGGUCCUGAGCAUGCUGGCCGGUGGCAGCUGCGCAACCCACUGCCUCAGAACACCUUCCAGCCCUGUGUCUCCAGGUCCUCCUGGAGCAGCAGGUUCUUCUUCAGGCUCUGGCUGUCUUUGGCUUCAGCGGCUCCCCAGUGGUGCUGCCUGGGGCUACUGAGAAAGAAGCCUCGUCUUAAUGGCUGUUGCCCAAACAGCAGCCGCCAAGGACUCUUUGCCACGCUUUGGAGUGGCAGUUUGGGCUGCCCAUAUUUGUGUAUGCAUGUGCGUGUGUGUGUGUGUACGUGCGGGAGGAUGCCUGUGUAUAUAUCUAUAUAACGUGUGUGAGAGAGAGAGAGUGUGUGUGCAGGCUGCUCCGGUGUGGCUUGGAGCAUAACUGGAGUCGUUACUGCCAGUAACAGAUGCCUCCUGCAGCUUUUCUCCUGUUGCAGUCUCAGGGGAAAGGCACAGAAAUCUUUUUGCCUCCUUUCUCUUCCUCCCCACCCCCCUCCUCUGAACUAACUAUGGAUGCAUGGAUAUCCUUUGCAUUUUAUAAUUAAAUGAUAUGGACGGAAA